AUGGCAACUGCUGUUUCAUCAUCAUAUAAUGAUAUCCAUUUAGAAACUAUUCAAGAAAUACCCUCAGCCUCAUGUUCGACAUCCUGCUCAUCAAAUUCGACAUCAUGUUCAUCAAAUUCACCAUCACCAUCAAUGAGAAAUUCAAAUAGAAACUUACAUAAAAAAGGACAAAAAAUAGGAAAUUAUAUAUUAGGUAAAACAAUUGGAUCAGGAACUUCAAGUAAAGUAAAAAUCGGUACUCAUAUUCAUACAGGUAAACAAUAUGCAAUCAAAAUUACAAAACCAAAAAGAAUUAAAGAAAGAAAAGAAAUUGAAAGAGAAAUAUCUAUUUUAAAACGUUUAAAGCAUGAUAACAUAAUUCAACUACAUGAUGCAAUUUAUGACGACGAAGCUGGUAAAAUAUGUUUAAUUUUAGAACUUGUUUCUGGUGGUGAAUUGUUUGAUUAUAUUGUAGCAAGAGGUCGUCUAAGUGAAAAAGAGGGAAGAAAGUUUUUUAGACAAAUGUUAUGUGGUUUAAUAUAUUGUCACUCAAAUAUGGUUUGUCAUAGAGACUUAAAGUUAGAAAAUUUAUUAGUUGAUGAUGAAGGAAACGUUAAAAUUAGCGAUUUUGGUUAUAGUAAUAUUGUAAGACCCGGUAAUUUAUUAUCUACUUUUUGUGGUUCACCAGUUUAUGCACCACCAGAAAUUUUAUUAGAGAAAAGAUAUAAUGGAACAGAGGUUGAUAUUUGGAGCAUGGGUGUAAUACUAUAUGCAAUGGUUACUGGCCAAUUACCAUGGACUUUAACUGACGGUGUACAAGUAGAAGGUAUGGAUCGUUUGUUAAGAGGUGAGUUUAAAUACCCAUCCCAUGUAAUUUUAAGUGAUGACGUUAAAGAAUUAAUAAAUAGAAUGAUUGUCGCAGAACCAUCUGAAAGAGCUACAUUGGAUGAAAUUAAAAGUCAUAUAUGGGUAAAUAAAGGUUUUUCAAUGGAACCUGAUCAAGAGUAUAAUAAAAAAAUUUCAGAUCGUUUAGAAAAAGAACAACAACAAGCAUUAUUACAACAACACGAAGGUACAAAAUCACCAAGACAACCAUGUUCAGAAUCACCAUAUAUGAAUGGUGCCAAUAAACCAUCGCUAUUCCAAAGCUCACCAAAUUUAACCUUACCAACAAAACUUACUUCUCACAAUAGCAAUAAUAAUAUAAUUCAAACCAAUAAUGAUAAAUAUUUAUCACCAAAUAAACCAUCACAAUUUAGCUCCGCAAUUUGUUUAGAUGAAAAAAAAAUAAACAGCACACCAUCUUCACCUCAUUCAAUAUCACCACAAUAUACAUCACCACAAUUAACUUCACCAACUCCAUCAGCCUCAACUACUCCACCACUUUCACCAUUAUCAGUCAGUGGUCAAAGAAGUCCUCCAACUACACCAAAUUUUAAAACAAGUUUAUUUCAUAAUAUUUUUAAGAAAAAACAAUCAAAUUUACAUAUAAAUCAAAAUCACAACAAUAGUAACUCUCAUAGUGAUAUCAGUGUUUCAGUUAAUAAUUCCCCAACAAUUAAUGGUGGUCAACAAUCGAUUGUUGACAAUGCAUCUGCAAACGCUCCAAUAUCAAAAAGAAGAUUCAGCUUAGAAGAUAUAGUUAAAGUAAUAACUAGAAAUAAAAACAAGAACCCAAAAAUUAGAACUAUGAGAGGUCCAUUUACCAGUGGAACCACAACAAGAAAAACACCAUUGGAACUAUUCUCUUUAAUAGAAGAAAAUUUAAAUUCAAAUAAUAUAGUUUUCAGGAAGAAUUGUUAUGUAUUUGAUUGUAAACAUAUUGGCACUUUAAAUAAUGAAACAAUCAAUUUUGAAAUCGAAAUUUGCAGAGUAAGCGGUAUGGAUAUGUAUGGAAUCAAAUUUAAGAGACUGUAUGGUGAUGCCUGGUGUUAUAGUUCAUUAUGUAAACAAAUUGUCAAUGGUUUAACAUUAUAA